ACCUCCCAUCUCCCCAUUUCCUCUCUCUCUCUCUUUCUCUCUCUGUCUGUGAUUAAUUUCUUUAAUGAAGCGCUCACUUGAUACUCAAACUCAAAACGCUGCUCCGGUCACCGGAGACGAUAUCAAAAUGAAGAAGAUGAAGCACCUACAGGAAGAAGAAGAGGAAAAAAUCGAGGAUGGACUUAAUACAGGAACUGGGUUUGUGAAUUUGGACGAGAAUUUGCUUUUUGAGGUCUUCAAACACGUGGACGCGAGGACGCUGGGGAGGGCAGCCUGUGUGAGCAAGCAGUGGCACCGUACAGCGCAGGACGAGAGGCUUUGGGAGUUGAUCUGUACUAGGCACUCGGCUAAUAUCGGUUGUGGUAUCCAACAACUGAGAUCCGUUGUACUAGCUCUUGGUGGGUUUCGUCGCCUUCACUCCCAGUACCUGUUGCCUCUCUCUAAACCACAAUCAAGUUCCACAGCUUCAAGUUCUUCGUCGUCGUCGUCUUGGUCUCCUUUCCCGGCGAUGAUUGGCUCCAAACCGCCGGCUAGGUGGGGAAAGGACGAGGUGCAUCUCUCCUUGUCUCUGCUUUCGAUACGGUAUUAUGAAAAGAUGAAUUUCAGUAACAGAGGGAGAUGAAUUACAAUAAUCAUAUGAUAUUAUUAACUAAAUAUAUAGGAGUAUGUUUUUAUUAACUCUAAUUUCGGGUUUUAUUUAAAUUUUAUUUUUGUUGUAUGUCUAAAUUUGGCUUGGGAUUUUGUUUGCUUGUUUUUUUUUUCAUCUUUUUCUUGUUGUAUUUAAUAUGGGUUUUUGCUAAUUAGAUCUGUAAUAUGUAAUCAUAUUGUAAUGAAUCAAUUAUUGUUUGCUUGUUGGCCAAA